AUGGCUGAUAAAAGUAUUAGCUCAGUAACUGAUAGAACAAUAUCCGACCUCAGAGAGUCACUUAUAAGCGAGACUGAACCGCUUGCUGUCCGUUUUAGAGCCCUUUUUUCUCUCAAACACGUAGCAAUUAGGAAUGAUUCGCCAUCAGCCGUAAAGGCGAUCGCUGAUGCAUUCUCUUCAAAAUCCGCCCUACUUAAACACGAAGUUGCCUACUGUCUUGGUCAAACCAAGAAUACGGCGGCAAUACCAUAUCUUUGUGCCGUAUUAGAAAAUAAGGAUGAGGACCCCAUGUGCAGACACGAAGCAGCAGAAGCAAUGGGUGCUAUUGGAGACAUUCGAUGUCUGGAUAUUCUAAAGCAGUAUAGAGACGAUGAAAGUGAGGCCACAGUAGUCAAAGAAACUUGCGAGGUAGCAAUCGACCGGAUCACAUGGGAGAACGGAGUUGAACUUAAGGAAGAUCUACACUCAAGUGACUUCAAAUCUAUAGAUCCGGCACCACCAACAGAUGGAAGCCGAUCUGUGGAAGAACUUGAAAGGGUGUUGCUCAACCAGAAGCUACCUCUAUUCCUCAGAUAUAGAGCAAUGUUUAGCCUCAGAGACAUGGCCUCCCCACCUACCCUCACCACAGCAGUCCCUUCAGUGCUCGCCCUCGCCAAAGGGUUCACGGACCCAUCAGCUCUCUUUCGCCACGAGAUAGCGUUCGUGUUUGGUCAAUUGGCUCACCCGGCGUCAAUUCCAGCUCUAACUUACACUCUAAGUGACUUGGACGAAGCUAGUAUGGUUAGGCACGAGGCAGCCGAGGCGUUGGGUGCGUUGGGCGAAGAAAAAGGCGUUAUAGAGACCCUAAAGAGCUUUUUGAAUGACAAGGAACAGGUUGUACGAGAAAGCGUUGUCGUAGCUCUAGAUAUGGCAGACCACGAGAUGAGUGGCGAGAUUGAAUAUGCUCUAAUACCUGAAAUACCCGCGUAG